AUGAUCACGCCGAUGCCGGCACGACCGGAAAUGAAAGACGCCGCCGUCAAUACUGUUCCACUUUUUGCGACUGACUUGAGCAAAGAUGGGAGCGCUCAAAUUUCACCAGACAAAAUGCUGAACAAUGCUGGCAGUGCAAAUCGCAGCUCCUUCUUGCAAGUGCUUGCUGAAGACCACACUUCUCGUGCCCUUGUCUUCACGCUGGUUAAACAGCAGGCAGAGGCGGCCAAACAGUCAGGUCAUUUGGCUCCUGGGGUGUCAGCAGUCUGGCAACGACUUCAAGCGGUUUUUGACUCUCCGGAAAGUGAUGCUGACAACGGUGGCAAACAACCCAACAACAACAGCACAAAUCAUCCACCGCCGUUUAUGGACACUGAAAUGAAAGAUGAGGAAGACAAACCAAACAUCACAACAACAACAACAACAACAACAGCAUCAUCUUGCAAAUCAGUCUCAGUGGGCACUGAUUGCACCGAUCUAGUUGCCUUCAGUAGCUCAACUGAUUCAGCAGCCACUGUUCAGUCCGUUGAUACAACAACAGUCAACAACGACGUGAAAAAGAGCUGCAUCAAGUGCCGGCCCGUGAAGACGGAGAAUGUGCGCAUCCAGUGUCGCAUUGACCAGUACUUUGCCCGUGAGCUGCGGAAGAUGCCCAUCAUGACGUCGCUCUCACUGCUCACCCCCCGACUGCCGCUGCCCUCGCAUGAGCUGCUCAGCCGGACCGAUCUGAAAUACGGCCGCUUCUACCGUCUGGAGCAGUGCGUCAACGGCGGCGCCAAGGUUCUCCACCUCUACCUGGACGAGAUCGUCGGCCUGAACCGCGAGGGCCGCCACGAGCUGGCGGUGGAGUUCAUGCGAGAAAGCUUCCGCGAGGAGCCGCCCAAUGUGGCGGUGUACGUCAUCAGCAUCGUCCACAAUGCCGCCGCCUACCAGCCUGACUGGCUGGAGUGGCUCGCCGACCGAGAGCCGGCGUUGACAGUCAAGGCGGGCGUCCUCGGCCACGGCUCCGACAUUGAGACGACCAACAUGGCCAAGUACAGAGAAAAUGUGCACAAGACCUACCAGUCGGGCACCUUUCGGUACGGCCCGCUGCACCAGGUGUCCAUCGUGGGGACGGUGCACGAGGAGGUGGGCGGCUACUUUCCGAAGAUGGUCUCCAUGCUGGAGCGUUCGCCCUUCCUCAGUCUGGUCAUGCCCUGGGGCGCCAUGAGCGUCGUCAAGAUGAACGCCCCCACGGAGUCCAACGACGGGCCCAUUCUCUGGGUGCGCCCGGGCGAGCAGCUCAUUCCCACCGCCUGUCUCUCCAGCUCCUCCACCUCCUCCGGGGCCGGCUCCUCGGUGACCAAGGGUCGAGUGCAGAAUGAGCUGAGAGGGCUGCUGAGACGAGCUUCAGAGCCGCGGGAGCUCAUGUUUGAGGACCGGACCAAGUGCCACGCCGACCACGUGGGCAAUGGCUUCGACCGGAAGACCACCGCCGCAGUGGGCGUGCUGAAAGCCGUCCACUGCGGCACGGUGCCCAAGUUCAACCGCGUCACCAAGGACGUGAUCGCCUUCCACGCGGCCAACUUUGACGAUCUGACGCUGAAGCUGCAGCUGGACCUGCACGAGCCGCCGGUGUCGCAGUGCGUCACCUGGGUGGAGGACGCCAAGCUGAACCAGCUUCGCCGAGAGGGCGUCCUCUACGCCCGCGUCCAGCUGCACGACAAUGACAUCUACUUUCUGCCGCGCAAUAUCAUUCACCAGUUUCGCACUGUUACCGCUGUUACCUCCAUCGCCUGGCACGUUCGCCUAAAGCGGUACUACCGAGAAGAGAAAAGACGCCAGAACGCUGCUGCUUCCGGUGUUGAACAGACAGCUCAACAACCGGAAAAAGGUGCUCCUAGCCAAACUGCUGAGCAUUCAGUGGCUCCCACUACCAUCAAAGAAAGCGACAACUCUGCUGUGCCUGCCUCGCCAAAGUCCUCCGCUACCGAAGCUCCCACCGCCAGACCUCCGACAAAAGUGAUCAUCAAAGUGAAGGACUGUGUUGAAGCAGCAGUAGAGCCUGGCGAAAACAAGCGCAGUGGUGAUACCUCUCUGAUGAAUGCUCAAACAGCUAAUGCUCAAGUUUUUAGCAGUGGCAAGGUGGCUGAACAAGUGGAGAACACUGAGAACAGUGAGCAAACAGUUGGCGGAGUGAAGCGCAAGAUUGACUUUGAUGAUGUCAGCGCUAACAAAGUGAUAAAUCUACCUCUAAACCAGUUUUCAAUUGCCACCACACCUACUGUCUCUUCAGCGCACUCAAUAAUGAUGCUACCAAAGAAAAAGUUCCGUUUACUGCAGCAGACAUCUACUAACUCGCCUGUGGUGAUGAUUAAGUCAAACAAUGACACUGAAAGUGGAAUUAUUAAACUAACUGGCAUUAUUAACAAUAUUCCAAAUGAAGCAAAACCGACAGCAUUAGCUGCACCAGUUUCAGAAGCUGAAGAACAGUCAAUUAAUUUUUCGUCAACUACUAUUGACACCAACGCCAAGUUGCCUCUUUAA